AUGGAUGGACCUUUGAAGGAGCUCGCAAAGCUGGACAAAAUUGUCGCCGGUGGCUCUGCCGGUAAAGCGAAGGCACCCUCGAUAGACCAAUCCCUCGAUGCACUUCUAGACACCCUCCGAGAGGCCAAGGAACGGUACCUUGUUGGCACCGGCUCGCAAGCAGCCCUGAUAACAUUAUCAAAAACUGUGGAGGCAAAGAAGAAGGAGAUUGACGAGCGACAGAGGGAGGUCUACAACGCUCUUGCCAAGGUCGGCAAAGCCCUGGACAAGAGAUUUACCAACCCACUUCCCUCGUACGAUCCACUUUUCUCGUCACCGGAAGCAAAGGAGGCGCUUGAGCGUACCAUUGCCGUACACUUCCUCCGGACUGGAGAGUUUGAGACGGCGGAGACGUUCCUCAGCGAAUCAGAUGCUACUGUACCCGACCAGAUGCGUUCACAGUUCAUGGAGUUGCACAAGAUUAUGAUGACGCUGAGGGACGGGGACAUCUCCUUCGCAUUGGACUGGGCCCAUCGACACGGGGAAUUCCUUCAUAAUCGGCCCUCGUCGCUUGAGUUCCACUUGUACCGCUUCCAAUACCUCCGCCUCCUUAUGUCGCCGACACCGGACGUCCCGUCGGCACUGGCCUAUGCCCGAGCCAACUUUCCCAAGUUCUAUGCACGCCAUAGCCCGGAACUCCGCAGGUUGAUGACUUGCGUCGCGUACCUACCCUUGAACAGGAUUCGGAUAUCACCAUACGCCGACCUUGCCGAUCCAUCUAUUCACGCAGACCUCGAGAGAAUGUUUGCCACCGAAUACUGCGCUAAUCUGGGUAUGAGCAGACAGGCUCCCCUCAGAGUCAUCAGCGACAUUGGCGGCUGUGGCGCGUUGGCGCGCAUUGAGAAAGGACGGAAGGUGAUGAGAGAGAGGAAGAGCGAAUGGAGUCAGUCCAACGAGCUUCCUAUUGAAAUACCCCUAGGACCGGAACAUACUUACCAUUCUGUCUUUGCAUGCCCUGUAUCCAAGGAACAGUCUACGGAGGACAAUCCCCCAAUGAUGCUUUUCUGUGGUCAUGCGGUCACGAAGGAAAGCCUGUCGAAGCUGAGCAGACAGCAACGGUCAAUCGACUUCAUCGAAGAGGUUAUCAGUCGCGCGCCCGCUACUGCAUCCACGUUUCUGACGAUCUUCAAAGCCUACAAUGAUGUGCUUCAUGAACGCGGGCUUGAUCCCCAGAAUGAAGUGGUGUACUAUGGCAAGCUCCUGAAGAUCGGUACACUGAAGGGGAAGAGCUGGGCGGGAAAAUGGUCUAUCGUAAAAGACCUGCAAGGAUAUGGAACCAAGGCGAGUGCAAGCACAAAGGGCGGAAGGACAACGCGGGUUGCCCGCACCAAGCCUACCCCUGCGAAACCCACGUCCAAACCGCCUGUGCGACCUCCUGUACUGCCUCCUGAACCAGACACAUUUACCCUCCAUUCACAUCAAGAUGAUGCGACCCAGGCUGGCACAGGACUUGCUCCGGUUGCGACACAUGUCUCGUCAAGACCAUGCCGUUCAUCACACGACGAUACCCCCCGGCCUACCCGUCUUCGCAUAUCCCCCGUAGUCUCUUCGGCAAAUUCCCUCGGACUCGACACUGGGCCGCCUUCUACCCUCGUCAAUACUGGAGAUGCCUUGCGCCGACUUGCGGCCCGCGCACGAACCGCAGCGACGCGUCGGUGGGACGCUGAUACCGCCACUGAAACCGCCACACAGGCUUCGAGUAUCCCGCCUUCCUAUGGUGCGGCCGUCCGGGAUGACCCUCCCCGUAUACCAUACGAAGACAAGGGCAAAGCUCCCGCCCACCCAAGAAAGCCUUUUUCGGUACAAGAGCGCGAUGUCUCACCACCUCUGCCUGCCGUCUCAAAGCCUCCUGCGAAGGAGGCUCUCUCCCGACAAACGCGGGGUCGUAGCAACAGCCAGGAUGACGAUGCGCCUUCGGAUCCGUUUAAGAAGAUCACGUAUACUCAGAACCUCGAGCUCGCGGCACAGUUCAGGAACGAUAGGCUGGUGGAGCGAUGCUAUGAGGUGUGGAAACAAGGGUUCGAAUGGAUUCUUACCACUGCAGAGCAGAUCACCGAAGCUCGCGACUCCUUGGUGCUACGACGUGCCCUGCAACACUGGAGGAAACGUACUGCGGUUCGCCGAGAGACGUACCUCCGUGUAUCUGCGCUAUCCAACCGCCGAUUCUUGAAAAGAGCGUUGCAGGCAUGGAAAGUCAAGACCAAGGAGAAGAAGCAGUUGCACUGGCGGGAUGACAUGCGUAUGCGCAUGAAGACCGUCCGUGAGCGCGGAGAGCUCAGGUUAAAGAAGGACAUGUGGGCCCGGCAAUUGUCGCGACGCGUAGUACAGCGAUUCUUUGGCCGUUGGAAGUCGAAGCUGCGUCAGUUGGACCAACUGGAAGCGGCUGCGGAUCACUUCGUUGGCGUACGUGAAGAGACGGCCCUGGUUCGUGUUUGGGAGACUUGGCGACGCUCUUCGGAGCUGCGACAUGCAGAGAAGGCCUUGACUGAGCGCAUCAACUUUCGACUAAAGACGAGUACCAUGGACAUCUGGAGACGCAACAGUCAUGCGUAUCAUGUCGCGGAACAAUACCACGACGCUCUAUUGGUGAAGCACGCGAUGAGUCGUUGGAAAGCGUCCCGAAUCCGUGUUCGGGCUAUGGAGCACCGGGCUAUGAAACAUUCGGCCAGACGGGACGACGUUUUAAUUCGGGCAAUCAUGCGAAUUUGGAAAGCCCACGAACGUGGACACCUACUUACUCGUGUACGGACUCUCCGAAUGAUCAAACAAGCUUGGCAGGUCUGGAAACGAAGGGUCGAAGAGCUGAAAGAACGUGAAGAAAUGGCAGAAUUGUUCAGAAUGCGUGCCUGCUCCAUUCUGGAAGCUCAGGCCCUCAAGAAAUGGCGCACUGUGCACAGGUCUCAUCAAAAUGCACAGACGUUCGCAGUUCACUAUCACCGAGUCCAGCUUCAGUUCAAGAUGCUGUUGCAGUGGCGGUUGCAGUUGCGAUCAAAAUUGAAAGUCAUCAAGCAGGCGAAGACAGCCCGAAAGUACCUUCUUCUCCGCCGUUGUUUCCAUGUGUGGAGCGCGAAAGUGGAGGAACAACGCCGUGAACGCAAGUUGCAACAGUUCCAGCUACGUGCAACGCGGAAGCACUUCAUCCAGUGGCUCGAGCGGGCGCGCCAACAGCGCAACAUCAGGCUGGCUGAGCUGGUUAUGACUCAUCAGGUUGCAAUGAGGAUCAUGGACGACGCUUUGCAACAUUGGACUACUCGUGUGGCCGACUUGAAGUUCCGAGAGCUGGAAACAAUCAACAGAUAUAAUAAAGCUCUCGUUCUACGAUCAUAUGACAAGUGGAAAGCACUUUGCAGACGCCACGUAGACGAGUUGAGUCUCAUGGAGAGCUAUCAAGACGUUAAACGUGAAGAGAACAUGCGAAAAAUGUUCUAUCGGUGGUUCGCUGCGGCCAAGAAGGCACGCCAUCGUCGUUUACAGCUACAGGCAAAGGAGGAAGAAGUCAGGCUUAUGCUCGCUACUAAUGUGUGGGACAAGUGGCGUGAACGAUUCUUGGACAUACGCCUCCAGCCUCUUGCAGAUGCGUUCCUCAAGCAACGUCAACGAGAUCUCGUGUUACGCGCAUACGGUACUUGGCAUUCUAGAUCAUUGUCCUUUCCGGCAGUCCGCUUCCACACUUCUCACCUCAAAGCGAAGUUCUGGAAGAGAUGGAGGGAGCUCAUGCCUCGUGCAAUGCAAUCCAAGACAGCUCGAGAGAUGGAUUGUCUCAAUACCCUCAAGAAGGUCUUUGCUCUCUGGCGCAAGGCGCAACAGAAGAAGCUGGAUCACAAAGCGAUCAAGCUGCCUCAAGUGCCACGUGUGUCCGCUCUGAACACUCGCCCGCGUACUGUUCUUCCUACCGUUUCCCGUCUCUCUCGGAUGCGCACGCCUGUUCCCAACGACGAAGGCCCAGUCGAAGACGGAGAGCCGCCCCCCAGGAAUAUCCACCGAACGACUCUCGCGCCCCACCCGUCCAGAAUCGAUCUGACGAGCAUGCUCGUUCGAAAUCCCCGCACGGCCUCGCCCGAGCGGCCCAAAUACGUGUUGAGUUCCCGCCGAUCUACACGCGCACCCAGUCCCAACCCGACGGAAACAGAGCCUGAUCCACCUGGACUCGGCGGAAUCGUUGCGUGGCGGCGGGAGGUUCGCCCUGGGACUGUGCCGCCGAAGAGCGCGCCGCCGAGUGUUGUGGGCGAACAGGUGCCAGGGACGACGAGGGGGAGCUUGUGGCAAGAGCUCAAGGAGGUGCGACGGCGGUCGCGGUCGCGGGCACCGACGGAGCGAGACAGGUCCCCCGAGCCGUUGUAG